ACCCCCAGUGUGGCUCUAGCAGCAGACCUGCACCUGUAUGCGGUGCGUCUGUCCCGUUUGGAAAAAGUUGGCAGCGCAAUGGUUACACUGCGUGCGUCCCAAGGGCAAAGGAAAUGAGGAAACCGAUCACAACAACAAAUGAAGACUGCUACCUUUCCAGACCUGCCCGUGCCUGUGAGCGGACUGAUCUGCUGCUCUGCUGUAGCUGCACUGCCUUGUCAGCGGAGGACGAUAUCCUGGGUUUAUUUAUAAGGGGGAUAAAAAAAUAAAAAAUAAAUUAAACGGGAGAUGCGCCUGGAGGGGAAACGUCACAUUUUCAUCGGGAGCGACAGCGUGGAGAGACUGUGACCGAGCCGGGGAGAGGAAUAUGCGGCACUGUCCCUCUGCACGUCGGGCCAAAGCGUCGGAUCGGUUACCGGAUGAACGUCCUAAAGCUGGAUGGUGUGAUUUUUUGCAGCCACACAUGAGGAUUUUACGAUCGCACCACGUUUCAGCGGGAAUCUGAGUGAUCACGCCACGCCGGACCCCCCAGACCGGUGCGUCUGGAUCAGAACCAGCACACUGACGGUACCCAAAAUAAAUACAAGGAGGCAUCACUUUAAAGUUCAGACAAGUUUCAAGGAAAAAAGGGCCACCAUUUGUGGGAUGUGUUGCUACGGAUAAGUAUUAAAUAAUAUAAGAAAGGCACAUUUUGUCUUCAGGGAGGGUUAUUUCAGGCUUUCUCCACUGCCUCACUAAUUCAAAGAAUAUCACAUGUAGUUUAGGCUGCGUACCGACUCCUGGUGUAGUUUAGACUAUAAUUUAAGCACAAAUGCAACAAAAUAAAGUUUUUAUGCCUACAAUGAGGAUGCCACCCUGGGAGUCCUUGCAGGGAAGGGAGACUGGAGAAUGAAAGCGGGAUAUCUGCGUCUCUAAUCGGACACAGGAGCAAAGGAGGAAGGACAAGCAAACGUUUAUCCUUUUUUUUUUUUUUUUUUUGGAUUGGUCCAAAAAUAUUUUUUGCGUGCCCCUUGGACUCCUGCACAAUGGGGAUUAUGCUUCAAGUUAUUCUAGGAAUGUUUCAAUUCCUGCUGCUCACCAGAAUACCGACGUCCCAUGCCAAGCUUGCUCACUGGCAUCCAGCAGACUCCCCGAAAUCCAGGGAAGGCCGAGAAGUGCGACGGUGGUUGGAGGUUUAUUCUCGGAGCGGCUGUGAGCCCCGGGACACACUGGUGGAGGUUUGGCGGGAGUUGCCAGGGGAGAUCCACCAUCUCUUCGUCCCGUCCUGCGUGUCCUUGAGGCGAUGUGGCGGCUGCUGCGCUGACGAGGCCUUGGAGUGUGUGCCCACGCUCACGCACACACUCACCAUGGAGCUGAUGAGAACGUCCUUCAUGAAACAUGAGCUCAUUGAGCUGCCCUUCGUUGAGCACAGCCAGUGUGAGUGCAGGUUAAAAGAACAAUUCCAGCCAACGCCUAACACAAGAUCCCAUCUGAAGCGAGCAAGAAAAGACAAGAAAAAGGAAAGGGGAAAGUCCAAACAGAAGGCAACUGGAGACAUCAGAGCUACAACCCAUGCUCCCCCUACUCUUCCGGCAACGUCCUCUCCUCCUCCAUCACCCCCUACCACCAGUUUCUCUCCAACUCCCUCUCCGAUGCCUCGUUGCCGCCCCUGCAGAGGGAGGAAGUGGGCUCUGGAUGUGAGGUCAUGUCAGUGCCGCUGCACCGUCAGAGAUGAGAACUGCAGCCGGAAAGGCCUGAAGCUCAACCCUCGGCGAUGCAAGUGUGACGCCCUGAGGACCUGAUAUGUCCGCUCACUUUCUUUUCACCACCUUCUCUCCACCAAAUCCCUGUCGAUUCAUCGCCCACUCUCAGCAUCAGUGCCGUGGAUUAUACAGACGCUUGGACAUCCAGUAGCUCAAACUGAAGGAAAUAUUAAUGGAAGCACACACACAAACCCGUAGUAGAGCUCCAGUAAAGCAACAAGUGCAUCAUUGCAGUUUAAAUGUACUGUAGAUCUAAGUGUGUUGUUCCAGCUGCUUGCUUUAGUGACAGAGCUUCUGUCAGUCCACAUGUACGUGCGUGUACAGACAUGUAGCGUCACAGAACACAUCCAGUGAGUGGAGGAUGAAAGUGGCAGAAAAAUGGCAACUUGGAGAGACGUGGGAAUAACCAGACAAAAUCUUUCUCAUGUAUACAAGCCCAGAGGUGAACGUACUCUGCUGUGGUUUUGGAGAUUGGACUUUAAGACGUUCCUAUAUAAAACAACAGUGGAAAGAGUGAUCAUACUCCACAAGAACAAUGCGGAUGAAGAGGACCAGUCUGACAAAGGUGUGCUACAUGUUAACACUUCAGUGGAAGUUGUGAUUAUUGGCUCACAAGGAAGCUGCGCAUGGGGACAGAUUUCAGGGUUAAGUCAUGGCCAGUGUUUGAGCAGAGGAUUUAAACAGCAGAUUAUUGGGGGACGCAUGCAUACUGAGACAUACCAGAAGGACACAGGACAUGCACAUGAACUGGCACCCCAGUGUGUGUGGACCUAUAGUGUAUCUGUGUGGUCUCCCCUCUGAAAGACCCAGAUGGGUUAUCCCUGCAGCCGUUCUCUCUUAUUCAAGCAUAUGACCACAGGCUGGCUCUCCAAGCCGCUUUCCGGCAUUUGUUUAAUUUGGGCCUUUUGUCUCCAGCUUUCCUCGGUUCAUCGAUUGAAAGGAGCCGCUUUGCCUCUCUUUGUCACUCUUUUAGGCAGUGAGGAGAAUGACAAUGAUGAGGCCUGGCGGCUGUCCACUGCUUCACACACAUUCACACUUUUAAUACCAGGAACACAAAUGCACACACACACACACACUCUGCUGCAGCACACAUACGUCCAUAUUUUCACAGACAUGUGAUGUGAAAUGAAUGCAGGUAGCCAUAAGCUUUUGUGUGUGUCGCACCGAGUGUGCAAAUAUGUGCCAGUUGUUUAUUUGCAAUUUACUGCAAAGUCUUCAGUGAGUAUUGUAUUACAUGCCUGUUUUAUAUUUUUAUUGUAAUUCUGUCACGUUGAUUGGAAAGAUAUUCUAUAUUGCAGAAUGUGUCUUUGUUUUGUUUUUGUUCAUCUUUAAUCCGUCUGCAUAAAGAGUCACGCUGGGUGGCCGGUUCAAUCCAUACCCAAAUGUGUUGAAUUUAAACAGAGACGGCUCACACAGGCCACAAAUGGGAGACUCUAUACAUUAUAAUGUGUAAUUCAAACAAUCAGUGGGGUUGUGUUGUCGGCAGCACUCAGAACCCAAGCAAAUAGCCGUCCCUAGUGCAGUGAAAGGAAAACACGGCUGUUGUUGUUGUUGCAUGUGAGAGCCGGGAUGGGAAGAGUAUUAUUCAUUUGGAACAUAACUUGUUUAUAUUCUGACUGAAUCUCAUGGUUUAACUCCAUGUUGGUUCAUGACUGCUUGGCUGCUGGGUGGGAACAGGGAUUUGAACUGUGACUGUUUCAGAAAGGAUGAGGUCCUGAGCAGCUUGUCAGUCAGUGUGACGAGCUGAAGCCAGAGCUCACGGGACCCAAAGUAGCAGUUCGUGGAGUUGAAAUUCAUUUUCAUCACCCGUUCAGAGCCAGUGUGCUGUGCUACAUUUUACUGAGAACAUUUUCCCAAUGACGUCUAUGCUCCCUAAGAAACAAUAUCUAUGAAACUCCAUGAUUCAUAUCCGUAUUCUCCCCCAGGAUUCAUAUGAUCCUGCGGAUUGAAGAAUAGUCACUCAGAAACUGCGCGCGGUCCACAGUCUGAAUUAUUUAUGUCAGCCUUGAAGCAACACAGCUUUGUUUCAGUGGUUGCUCUGAUAAGCUUUGUAUUUAUACUAUCCUGAGAUGAGAUUAUUUUUUUCCAUGCUUGAGUUCAUUGUUCAGUGUUUAUUUCUGUCAAUCAAUGCUUCAAUCACUACCUCUAUAUCUUAACAUAUUAAUGACCAAGUAUUAGAGCAUUAUUGUUACUUUCUCUGUGUUAUUUCAGACCUCUUUUAAGACAUGAAUAAAUGAUACGUUUAGCAAUAAGCACAGUCUGAGGUGCAAGACUUGGAGCUGCAGCAGAUUUGUAGUGAAAAUCACUGGUUUAGUGGAAGCUAUAGGAGUUUUCUGAAGGGAAGAACUUUUCAUGAGAGGAGAGCUGAACUGGUCCUCUGGAGUACAGACCAGACACUGUGUGAUAAUGUGGAGCAGGAGAUGGGUUUCCAAAGCUUUUGUACUUUCAAUGACUGGCGACCAUUCUUGACCCUAUAUAAAUAGUUUGACAUUUUGGAAAAUAAACUUCAGAGUUAGAUGAUAAAACCCAUACAGUUGUAAAUCUGUAUAAUAAAUACAUGUAAGAAGCUGAAGCAAGUAGUCAUUUAGCUUAGCUUAGCAUUAAGACUGGAAACAAAUGGAUGAGCAAGGUCUGCGCAGCAGCACUUCAUUCUCUGGAUUCUAGACAUCUGUCCAUCAUCCAUUUUCUUCCACUUGUUUAAACUUAGAUUGUGAUGGCAGCAGUUAAAGCAGGGAAUUCCAGAUGUAGCUCUCUCUAGCAAUGUUUUUCAACCCCUGCUGAGUGAUCCAGAGGGGUUAUCAAACCAUAUGAGAUACUUAAUCUCUCUAGCAAGUUCUGGAUCUCCUCCCUGCUGGAAGUGUUCAGAACAUCUCUCAAGGAUGAUGCCCAGAAGGUAUCUUAAUCAGAUGCCUUCAGUUGGUUCCUUUUGAUGCAGUCAAAUCUCUCUCUGAAUGUCCCUAAAGGUGCUGUUAGGCAGCUGUUUACUCUUGUUUCCUAUCUUUUUGCUUAGCUAAACUACCAAGCAGAUGUAUUUACUGAAGAGACAUGGAAGUGGAUCAAUCUUUCAACUGAUUCUAGAAAAGAGAGCAAUGUGCUUCCCAAUUUUUGAAACUAUUCCUUUAAUUUUUUUUUCACUUACUUGCAGCUAUUUCUGUUCAUGCAUUCCUAAUUCACGCAAGCUGAUGCAGUUUUCUUUAAUAAUGGGGAACGAAUACAUUUAGUAAAGAAGCAAAUGUUUUGGGAAACCCAAGAGGGAAGCCUGAAUCUCAGUACAGAUUGUACUCGUGUUUGAGAUUACAAAGCACAUACUCUAGAUUAGUCCGCUGGAAGGGGGGAAAAAACGUACGGUGAGGAAGCUGAAGAAUUUAACGGACUCCACUCAUACAGACUUUUGUGACAUAUCAAUGACAUUCCACCUAAAAGAGUAGUGGUGCUGAGACAGCCUUCUGGGUGCCUCUCUUUCUUCAUCUGUUAUGUCUUGUGACCAAAUUUUUUUGUAAUAAAGGAUUAAUUCCGAUCAAUGAAAGCACCAACAGCUAGUUCUGCCAAGAUACAUUGUUGUGUGGUGACUCCUCCAGUCAUUUCAGCAUCACAAGCUUGGACAUAUUAAUACUUUAUUCAAAUUCCAGAUCUUGUGCGAGCAUCAAACAUCAGAGUGCUUUGUCUCUGCAUAGUCUACAUUGUGCUGUUAAGGUAGCCCCGUUCUAGCCUCCAGUGUCUUAGUAGCCUAUAGAUACCCCUUACUAAACUAUGUAACAUUUUAUAAUCUCUAGUAUCCUGCCAUGACCUUGUGUAUGACGUUGUGCAUACUUUAGAACUGUAUUUGUAACUUCACUUUAGCUGUACCUUGCAAUGAAUCUCUUCUCUGCAAAUACAUUGUACUACUGUAGCCUAUGAAUAGAGAAAAACUACACUCUUUUUUUUGCUGCUACACCAUUUGUGCCCUUUUAUGAUGUCUUUGUAGAAAACAAUGCAGUUUUAUGGUGUAUUAGUAUAUAAAUGCCAAUUAAUCAAUUCAAUGUCCACAUUAAAGUGUAUACUGCAUCGUCAACUAUAUUCAAAAUGAUACCAGGAUACAACCGUGAUGUUACAGAUGUUAUUAAAGGAAAUGUCUUAUUUUUCAUAUAAA